AAAGUAAAUUUGUAGUUGUGAGAGGGAGUGACGUGUACAAUAUGCUCCCUUGCAAAUGGAGGAAACAUUGAUCCAUUGACAAUGCCACCCAAUUUUGACCCAAAAUUCAUUCAUAGCCAUAUUCUCUCUGCGAACAAAUUGAAUAAAUAAAGACCCAUUCUUCUUUCUUUGGAGAAAAUCUCAGAUCUCAAAAAUAUGGAUUUUCAGAGGGUAGAGGUUAUAAGCAUGGCAGUGGCUCUUGUUGCCAUUGUUGGUGGCACCGCUUACUAUUACUAUCUCACCAAGAAACCUAAAGGGUGCUUGGAUCCUGAGAACUUCAAGGAAUUUAAGCUUGUCAAACGCACUCAACUCAGUCAUAAUGUUGCCACAUUCAGAUUUAAUCUUCCCAAUUCUAGCUCGGUGUUGGGACUUCCUAUUGGACAACAUAUCAGCUGCAGAGGGAAAGAUAGUCUUGGUGAAGAAGUAAUCAAACCAUAUACUCCAACAACAUUGGACACUGAUGUUGGAUACUUUGAAUUGGUUGUUAAGAUGUAUCCACAAGGAAGAAUGUCUCAUCACUUUAGUGAGAUGCGCGAAGGUGAUUACUUAGCUGUGAAAGGACCAAAGGGACGUUUUAAGUACCAACCCAACGAAGUAAAAGCUUUUGGAAUGAUUGCUGGUGGCACUGGCAUCACACCAAUGUUUCAGGUUGCAAGAGCUAUACUAGAAAAUCCACAAGACAAAACCAAUGUAAAUUUGAUAUAUGCCAAUGUCACAUAUGAUGACAUUCUUCUAAAGGAAGAGCUGGAUGACUUGGCAAUUAAGUUCCCAAACCGAUUUAAAGUUUAUUAUGUUCUAAAUCAGCCACCAGAAAUAUGGAAUGGUGGAGUUGGAUUUGUAUCCAAGGAAAUGAUACAAGCACAUUUACCUGAACCAGCAUCUGAUAUUAAGAUACUAAGGUGUGGACCACCUCCCAUGAACAAGGCUAUGGCUGCUCACCUUGAAGCUCUUGGAUACAGUCCCCAAAUGCAGUUUCAGUUUUAGUUCUUGAAAAAAGCUAUAUUCUGACAUUCAUUUUUAGGCCAAAUUCAGCCAUUUUUUUACAUAAUAAACGCCAAUUCUAUAAUCCUCUAUAGAGAUUUUACACUUCAACAAGUCAGAAAGUUUUGUUGGCCUGUUCUGUAUUGAUCCAUUUCACACAUUAAUAUUGAGAUGAGACUUGUUUAUUAUUCCAAA